AUGAGCGUCCGAGAUUCAUGUGAUCCCAAAACACUUAGGAAGUUGUGCGAGCAGAAUUAUGAUAAGAGUAACGCACUUCUUUCCGUCUUGAAAGAGAGUUUGACGAAGCUUGGAAAUGAGUUGGAUACUCUGAUUGAGAAGAAUCAAGUAUUAUUUCGUACUGAAAAUGGGAAUGUAGUGGAAGGAUCGAAACGCUCAACCAAAACUAAGAAAAAUGGUAAUGGAGGAAGGUCAAAGGACCCAAAGCGACCGACGGCGGAGGCGAAUUCUGGGAAACUGGAAAAUCGCAAGGAAUGGAAGCAGCUUUUGUCUGUAAAUUCUAAAAUUGCUGCACUUAUGGGCGAGAUUUUGCUGACAGAUGUCUCGUUUUCUUUAGAUAAGGAUAUUUUGACUGUAAUAUGGACGAAGGUUCAUUAUCGAGUUAUUUCCUUUUUGAAACACAAGAUUAUUCAGGCGUCCAGGAAGAACAACAUUGGAGUUUUAGGGUCAUUAGUGACUCUUUAUUUUCAAUAUCUUGAUACUUGCGUUCAUUUCUAUGUCUCCUUUGCCUUCAUUUUGGUUAAAGUUUACCGCUUGCAAUGUCUUGAGCCUUUAGCAUCGUAUCUUGCUACUCAGCUUGCAUUCAAAACUUCAAAAAAGUCUCACAAAAUAAAGGUCAAAUCUGGAAGCGCAUUGCGACAAGAUACACUCUUAAAAUCUUUAUUUUCUUCUAUUUUUGGGUUUAAAAAAUUGUUUUCUGGCACUUUAAGUGUCAUUCUCCAGAAAACGUCAAUAGCUGCGGGUUCUGAGAUAGUUGCGUCCUCGUCUGCAUACGUUUUUAGUCCUUUAUUUGAGUCAUCUCUACCGGACAAAGAGGCUCAUUAUUUGAUUAGCACUAUAUAUGGUUCCCUUAUUCAUGUAGGUGAUAUCUAUCGCUACCUGGCUCAGGCUCGUUCACCAAAAUUGCCCGAUUAUUCUAUCGCUAAAAAACAUUACCAUAUGGCUGCUUUUGCUGUUCCAAAUUGCGGCGUCCAUUAUCAUCAGUUAGGUUUAAUUGAAGUACAAAAUGCCGAUUCGUCCGUUACUAAUUCUCCUCGAAAUCAUCAUCAAGAACUAUAUAAAAGCCCGUCGUCUAGCUCGCUUUUUUCAGUUGAAGCCUCUUCUAAACCGGUCGUCGAUGAUGCCACUUUACUAGGAGUUUCCUUUUUCUUUUUAGCUUCUAUAUCUCCUAAUGGUGUUGUUGCAAAGGGGGCUUGUAACAGCCUUCUCAUUGCGCUUAAACGUAUUCUUGGAAAGCCGAAUUCCUUUGAUCCAAGUUUGGUAAUUUACCAAAAGGACGAUUCUCUUGUAUCCUUAAUCCUUCGUUUAUAUGCUUUGGCAUUUUCUGACUUUGAUUGUAUGUCUUAUACGAAUUCCCUUGUGAAGCGAGUUAGAUUUUUAUUAUGUGAUUCCUUAAAAAAUGCCAAGUUAUCUUACGAAACAUUAUUGAGAAUAACUUAUUGUGCGCUUGCAGCAAGAUGUCUCGCAUCGAAGCUAGGGUACAGUGGAAUAGAGGAUGCGAAUAAGAAGUUUCCUUCUACGAAAUUAGCGACACAAACUACUGUAAUGUUUCUGGAAGUUCUUGUGGAUGCGGUAAACGGCCAACUUCCUUUGCAUGCGUUAAGUGUCACUUCUUUGCGCCAAGAUCACCCGCAUCCCUAUGGUGUACUUCUGCAAAAUACCAUCCUUUCCCCAAUGGUUUUACCCGUAUGCGCUUUGGUUUCUUUCUGCCUGAAACAUAAAGAUACGUGGAUUACAAAGGAGAUUGGAACUGGUUUAUCACAGAUUUACAAUCGUUUAACCUUCUUUUUCGAAAGCACGAAACAAGAUUUGCCUACUGAGGAAUCUUUAAAUUGGAGUACUCAGUGGGACGUUGGUUUGCCAUUUUUCUUUCCUAUGCAACAAAUUUAUGAUGUCAAUUAUGACUUGUUAAAAUUGUUCAUCGCGAAUAAAAUUUAUCCUUUAGGUGAAGAAGAGGAAGUUGAAGGUCAAAAAUUUACCAAGGAUAGUUACUCAGGAUUGAAACUAUCUAUAGACUCUUUGUAUAUAUUACUGGGUCGUCAUGCAAAUGCUCAAGCUCUAGCUUCAUCCGUGUCGGUAUCACCCCCUGCUACUCCCCAUGGAUUCGAUCGACCUUUGGGAUCAACAGGUGUUCCUGCGUUCCCUGUAUUCAGUGCGUCUUCUUUACCAUCUGACCAGUCUUCUCCCACAUCACCAUUCUAUUCUGGCGCUUCUUCUGUUGUACAACCGUCGUCGAGUAUCGCAAGUCUGCAGUUUGGUAGAAUGGUUGACCCUAAACCAUCGCAGCCAAUUUCACCUUUUGUACCUGAAAAUCUUAGUCAGAUGACACACUCGAAACUUAUGGCUUCUUUUGAUGCUUCAACAGAGAAUGAUGUGGACAGACCAGAAACGCCUAAUUAUGAUUCUCGCUUGCGUUCACGAGCAGCAUCAGUAGCAUCCGGAAGUGGGCGAAGUACACCAAUGAAAGGAGAAAAGGUUCUAUUUCGACCCAUUGGAAGUCCAAAACCACAGGCACAUCCUUCUAGCGACACUUCUGAUGUACAGCGUCAAGUAUUUUUAUCAGAAUUGUUAAAAAAAAUGAUCAACAUCAAUAACACUUGA